AGUCUUUCCUUCUUGUUGUCUCGCUAAAGCCAACAUGGCGGCUCCUCUGGAGGUGGUAAUCAGCAGCGAUUCGGGCUCCCAGCUCUGGAACUGCACCGUCUUCGACCUCCACAGCGGCUCCAGCCUGCUCUCCUACCGGGGAGGCAACUCUGCGGCCCGGAGCCUCGCCGUCCUGCGGGGGGAGUUUCUGCUCAGCGCGCAGCUGGGGAAGAACUUCAUCAAUGUGUGGGAGAUCCAGAGGAAGGACCAGCUGCAGCAGAAGAUCGUCUGCCCAGGUGUGGUCACCUGUCUCACCGCCUCACCUGACGGGGCUUUCCUCGCUGCAGGAGUCGCCGAGGCGGUCUACCUGUGGGAGGUGUGCACAGGUAAGCUGCUGGCGGUGCUCAGUCGACACUAUCAGGACGUCACGUGUCUGAAGUUCACCGACGACAGCAGCCAUUUUGUUUCUGCGGGCAAAGACAACCUGGCGCUGGUGUGGAACGUGUGCAGUGUGGUCCAGAUGGAUUUAAGCCACUCCCCCGAACCACGCCACGUCCUGUCCCGCCAUUCUCUGCCAAUCACAGACCUGCACUGUGGUCACAUGGGAGCUCAGGCCAGAGUUGCCACGUCGUCGCUCGACCAGACCGCAAAGGUGUGGGAGCUCUCCUCAGGUGAGCUGCUGCUGUCCGUACUCUUUGACGUGGAGAUCAUGUCGGUAACCUUUGACCCCUCAGAGUACUUCCUGUUCUGUGGAGGACGUGACGGGAACAUUUUUCAGGUGUCUCUCUGCAGCCAGAGUCUGAACCGGGAGAAGUCGUUCCAGUCGGACAGCGAGGGAAACCAGGUGUUCAAGGGCCACAGGAGCCUGGUCACAUGCCUCUCCUUGUCCAUGGACGGAACUCUGCUGCUGUCCGGGUCGCAGGACGAGACGGCCCGCCUCUGGGACGUCCAGAGCCGGCAGAGCGUCCGCUGCCUCGCACACAAAGGUCCUGUGACCAACGCCGUCAUCAUGGCCGUCUCAGCUAACAUGUUCCUGCCGGACAGUCGGCCCGCCGUCCCGCUGCCGCGCUUCAGCCGACACCUGCAGGCCCCCGAGGGCCCCGACGCCGAGGGGGGCGGGGCCUGGGUCCGCCCCGCCCUCCAUGCACAGGAGGAGGAGGAGUCGUACCUGCAGAAGGCCGACAGGUUGUACUCCCUGAUGCACGCCAUGAGCGACAAGGCGCUCUGCGGUGACAGUGAGAACUCGGCGCUGCGAGUCGCUGAGCUGGAGGAGGAAGUCCAGACGCUGAAGAAGGUCAACAAAGAUCUGUUUGAGUUUUCAUCUCAGCUGCUCACCAAGCCCACAUGAUCACUUCCUGUCCUACAAAAUAAAAGCCCUGUUUUGUAUCAGC